UGCAGGUGUGGCAAGAGGCCUUACAUUAUUACAACGCUGGAGGAAUCUCCAUGGCCGACGUUCAAGCCGAUGGACAGGACAGGUUGGGCGAGUGGCUUGACUUCUGGAACAAUGGUGGAAUGUACGAACUCCACGCCCGUCGUCCGCAUCUGAAACUGGAAGAGCAUUACGACAGGUAUAUGCACGGGAAAGCAAAAGCCAAGGUCUUCUUCCCCUUGUGUGGAGAUGUGAUUGAUAUGAUCUCCCUGGCGGAUAAAGGACACGAGAUAGUCGGUGUUGAGUGCUCCGAACUUGGCAUCAAAUCGUUUUUUGGACGGAACAACAUUGGUUACUCGCAGGAGUCAUGCGACACCGUCAAAGGAAAACUAUUCAAGAGCAAAGAUGAAAACGUUAACAUCAGAAUCUACUGCUGUGACCUCUUCAAUUUCAACACGUCGGUGGAAGGAAGAUUUGACGUGAUAGUAGACUUCGGUUCUAUGGGAGCCAUGCUCAGGAAAGAUUUACAGACAUAUGCCGAUCUGAUGAGAUCUCUCUUGAAACCCGAGGGCAGACACAUUCUCGAGUGUUUUGUCUACGACCUUGAAAAGUUUCCAGAUUCGCGCCCCCUAUGCUUCACUGUGCCGCAGCUGAAGGGGCUGUAUGGUGCCAGCUGCAGUGUGGAAAAGAUCGACGAGGGCCCAAACCCGUAUGAAGACGAGGAGGCAAAGACCUGCGAUACUGCGGAAACGACAACGGGUGACGAGCAGGGGGGCGUGGGGAGAGGGGAGCCUAGUGAGGAAGAAAGCGAUUGUCCUGAUAUAACUGGUGCUGCCUAUUUCCUUAUACAGCACUUGCAAUGUUAAUGUUUAUGCUGAUUUGACUACAGGAAUGUUUCUGAGUGAUGUUAAGUGACGCCCUGUCUUUUGUCACUUUUGGGUUUUUUCUUUGACUUGGAGAAAAUGGUAUUCAUAGUUGCAGACGCAGACAAGAGAGGAAAUGAAGAAUGAAACAGGACCAAGAGAGCGCCGGUGUCUGAGCUGUGUAACCGAUAUUAUGUUAUCAACUUUACCGGACGCGGGCACAUACUCCAUCAUUCCCCCCCUGCAGUCUGCUUGUGUUGAAUCAUGACAGCCUUUUGAAACUAUUUUUUCCUUAUCUUGCAAGUCCUAGCAUUUCAUCUUUGAUGGAUUCAACGAAAAAAAAGAUAUAAAAAAGGGGAUUAAAGGAGAAACGUCUGUAAUAUAAAUGAAAAAAAAAAGAGAACCACAGCAUUCAUGUAUGGCCCUUUGUAUGGGUAAGGUCAAGCUGCUGCUUCAAGUAGAGCAACCAUUGUCAAAAAUUUGCACUGACGUUUGUUCGUACAGUUGUCGAUUUGUUUGCUUGUUUUGUGUGGAAAAA